UUGUUUCAGUAUUCAUGGAAAAAGCCAAUGAUUCACUACAGAAAAAUGAUAACCGAGAAUAUGACGAAUCGAUUUUACAAAGACCAAUUAACAUUGGAGUAAAAAAUGUACGUGAAGUUUUGAAGUGUCUACAAAUCGGAACUAAAGAGAUAAAAGAUAUUAUAUUGAAUGAAUGUAAUUUAAUUUACGAAUGCAAGAUUUGCCAUAAUCUGUUCAGAAGUUUAGCAAAUUUAAUUUCUCACAAGAGAGUUUAUUGUCAAAAACACUGUUGUGAAUCUAUGACACUCUUUAGUAAUAUUGAAAUAGACGAAUCGACUGUCAUUGUCCUUCCCGAAAAACCAUCCGAUAAUAGUAGUAAUGAAGAAAUCGAAAGUCAAGAAAUUGAUUGCAAUAAAGAAGAAGUAAGUGUCAAAGACGAAGAUGAUGCACUUACUACCAUUGGAACCUCUUCGCCAAAGAUCUUUGUUCCCGCAGAAAAAGAAUCAAGAGAGACAAAACUUCAAAAAUGGGAAGAGAGGAAUUCUUCAGCGUCAUUGGAAGAAGAUCCCGAAAAGAAAAAAGACGAAAAAAUAUUAUAUUUAAAACCAAUCGAGGGUAAUACUAAUGCUGUGUUUCAACAGCUUCAUGAUAAAAAUGGUAAGAUCCAACAAGAGAAUAAUCCAGGAAAAGAGGAAGAACCUGGAAAAAAAUUAGUCGUCAUUAUACCAAAAAAUGUUACAAAUUCAUCAAAAUCCGCAUCGUACGAAGAUAAAAAGUAUGGCAUUAAUUACAGUAGACAUAAAUUAUUAUCUGGAAGAAGUGACUGUGAUAUCGAAUCUUUAAGUUGUCUAGUAUGCAAUACUCGAUACACAUCGCUUAAAACUCUAUACCUUCAUAUGGUAAAUUUACAUUCCCAAAGAAGAUGGUAUUAUCCGUGUCCUUUUUGUAAUACUAGUUUUGUACAAUUAUGGGGUGUGACUAGACAUUUGAUCAAAGUCCAUAAGAAAAANUUAAAAUAUUGA